GUGAUGAGCAGCUGUAUGCUCUAACUUCCCAUCACACACCACUGGAUCAACAUGCUGCUUGUGUUUAACUUCCACCCCCCUCCCCUCCUCUCCUUCCUCCAGGACACCCUACUAUAAGGCAGGGGCUCCUCUCUCCCGGAGAAUGUUCUGCGCCCCACACCCGCCGCCGCACACUGUGCACACGCUCUGCCCGAGCCGCCGCCGCCGCCGCUGCCCUCCCUGCCCGCGCACAGCCGCCUGGGACCACACAUUGUAGCGGAGGCGCCGGCAGUCUGCAGUCGGGACCUGCUCUGAUCCUUCCCCGGGUUCUUCUCUUCAUGGACCUUGGUCACUUGACGCAGUGAGGAGCUGCGGUCCUUGUCCUCGGGGCCGGGUCCACCUUGGAUCUGAAAGCAUCAGAAGAGACUGUGGUGGAAUUCACGGUGUCCUAAGGAGACCUGAUAGAGAAGCCUGGAUGUCUCCAGCAGUGGGAUCCAUGGGCAGUCGUGUGAUUUCUGUCGUCCCGCCUGACUUUCCGGAGGUGGCGAUGUCCUGAAUGGUUGGAGGUGGAUUCAGCACCAGCAGUGGCGGACAGCUCCCAGCUCCAUAGGGAUUGCCUGGAGUCCUGCAUUCACAUCAGCACCGGAGCUGUCCAGCACGUCUCCUCCUGAAAUGCAGCCAGGAGCUUCCCCAUCCACAGGAGCCCUCCGCAUCCUCACCAGAGAAUGUCAAGUGACUUGGAGAGCCUACCAGUAAAGGAUAAGACGAAGACCUCUAAAAAGGUGGCACUGCAUUUCACCAAUGGAGCAUCUCCUGUUGGCCACAAAUCAUAUUGAGAAGACUUCAAGAAAAAAUGUCCUUUUUCAUUUUAAGCUCUGAAGAUUGAAGAAGCUGCAACCAGAGCAACCAGAGAAUUAAGAAAUCGGAUCCCGGUAGCCCAGUUGAAGACUUGUAAACUCUACAAAAACAUCUGCCUCUCAGAAGAUCCCCUGACGAGACGUUGGUGAAAUGUGAUGCAGGAUCAGGAUGGGAUUGAACCACGGACAAUAAAUCUGUUACCUUCGGAGACCAGCGAAUGUGUCUUUCUCUUCAAUGACUUGCAAUUCAGCACCCAAUUUGCACAAGGAAUUUUCUUCCAAUGUUCUUGCAGAAUAGACUGUGCACCUACUUGUCGAUGGUCUUCCCCUGGCAGAGACUUGGGCUCCACAUUCAUUGUUAAGAGCACUUUAUGCUGUACUGAUGAGGAGAAAAGUGAAAAAAGGAGGCUUGCCCCUCAUAUUAUAGGUUACUGUAUUCUCGAAUACUAGAGUGUACCAAGGAGUCUCCACGCUGGGGCAUUAUUCACCAUGGCCAGGCACAGAGGAUUUGUAAUGCCAGCUCUCUGUUUAUGGAUGUUCGUUCUCUUUGCACUUUUAUACACUGGCAAAGUACAAGCAGACUGCUGGCUGAUCGAAGGGGACAAGGGAUUUGUUUGGCUUGCUAUCUGCAGUCAGAACCAGCCACCUUACGAGUCCAUACCACAGCACAUUAAUAGCACCAUAGUGGACCUGAGGCUCAAUGAGAAUAAAAUAAAGAGCGUUCACUAUUCUUCACUUAGCCGAUUUGGCAACUUAACGUACCUCAACCUCACCAAGAAUGAGGUGUCCUACAUAGAGGAUGGGGCUUUUGCUGGUCAGUUCAACUUGCAGGUGCUCCAGCUUGGUUACAACAGAUUACGAAAUCUGACUGAGGGGAUUCUUAGGGGACUGGGAAAGUUGGAGUAUCUCUACCUCCAGGCAAACCUAAUUGAAACUGUGACUCCUAAUGCCUUUUGGGAGUGCCCAAACAUCAUGAACAUUGACUUAUCUAUGAACAGACUCCAGAGGCUGGACAGUAGUACCUUUGUGGGCCUCAGUAAACUGACUGUGUGUGAAUUGUACAGUAAUCCUUUCUAUUGCUCAUGUGAGCUACUGGGCUUCCUCAAGUGGUUGGAUAUAUUCACCAACAUGACUCGUACUUUUGACCGCAUGCAGUGCGAUUCUCCUCCUGACUAUACAGGUUACUUUUUGCUGGGUCAAGGCCGAUCCAGUUACCGUAAUGCACUUGGCAUGCUUUCGUCUCUCUGCACAGAUGGGUCUUAUACAAUGAUGCCACAUGUAAUGUCUCCAAGGUAUCAAGCCACCACUGGCCCACCUGAAAGUCCAUGUUCUGAAGAAGACUGCUUUUCUGGAGAUGGCACUACACCCCUCAUCAAUGUCUACACUCCUCCUGCCAAUUCCAAAGUCAGCCUCAGUGUGAACUUAAAUACAGAAACCCAUUCAGAUGCAGUUCUGGUGGCCGAAAUUCCAUACCCUUACAGCAAAAUGUACAUCUUGGUGCAGUACAAUAAUAGCUUCUUUACUGACAUUCGGAACCUGAAAGCAGAGAAAGAAUCCAUAAAACUGGACGGGUUAAAACCCAACACAAAUUACACUUACUGUGUCGCCUCUAUUCGAAAUUCUCUCAGGUUCAACCACACCUGCAUAGCCUUUUACACUCGCAGCCAUACCAAACAAGAACAUGUGCCUACCCCAUCCACCGCCACUCACUAUAUUAUGACUAUUCUUGGCUGCCUGUUUGGUAUGGUAAUAAUCUUGGGUAUUGUAUACUACUGCUUGCGCAAAAAGCGCCAAAAAGAGGAAAAGCACAAAAAAGCAGGUGGUAGUAUGAAAAAAACAAUCAUUGAACUUAAAUAUGGUCCUGAAAUGGAGACACCUAGUAUAAGUCAACUAUCUCAAGGGCAGAUGUUGGGACCAGAAUCAAUGUCCCGCAUCCCCUAUUUGCCCUCAGUGGGGGAAGUGGAACAGUACAAACUCAUAGAAAGCAGUGAAACACCAAAAGCCACCAAAGGGAAUUACAUGGAGGUGAGAACUGGUGAACAAUCUGAGAGAAGAGACUGUGAACUGUCCAUGCCACCAGACACCCAGAGUUCUGUGGCUGAGAUAUCGACUAUUGCAAAGGAAGUAGACAAAGUCAACCAGAUCAUAAAUAAUUGUAUAGAUGCCUUGAAGUCAGAGACAACUUCAUUCCAAGGCGUAAAGUCCGGAGCUGUCUCUACAGCAGAACCUCAAUUGGUCUUGAUAUCUGAACAGAUUCCCAGCAAACAUGGCUUUCUUUCUCCAGUAUAUAAGGAAAGCUACACCCAUCCCUUACAGAGGCAUCACAGCAUGGAAGUACCUCCCAAACGUUCUAGCACAUCUUCCAGUGGGUCUAUCCGCAGCCCAAGAUCGUUUCGUUCUGAAGGGUCUACACAUAAAUCCGAAACAAAGUAUAUUGAGAAGACUUCUCCAACUGCUGACACCAUCCUCACUGUGACCCCAGCUGCUGCAAUCCUAAGAGCAGAAGCCGAAAAGAUCCGCCAGUAUACCGAACACCGGCACUCCUAUCCAGGCUCACAUCAAGCCGAACAGCAACAGCAGCAGCAACAGCAGCAAAUGCCUCAGCACGAAAACCUAGGAGGCCGCAAAACCUCCAUACUGGAACCUUUAACUCGGAACCGUCCAAGGGAACUGGCCUAUUCCCAACUUUCACCUCACUACCACAAUUUGAGCUACACCUCCAGUCCAGAGUACACGUGCAAACCCUCCCACAGCAUCUGGGAACGUUUUAAGCUGCACCGCAAACGCCACAAAGAGGAAGAGUACAUGGCAGCCGGCCAUGCCCUGCGCAAAAAGGUCCAGUUUGCCAAAGAUGAGGAUCUUCAUGACAUCCUAGACUACUGGAAGGGCGUCUCUGCCCAGCACAAGUCCUGAGUCCUCACCUCUUCCCUUUGCCUCCAGCUACUCGUGACUUAACUCUUUCUUUCAUAACCUUAACCCUGUCCUAGAAAGAGUGCCCGGCAGAGCAUUGUGAGUACACAGACUCUGUAGGUCUCUUUAGCGGUAAAGAGGUUAACAGGACCAAACUCAAACUAGCAGCAGCUACUUUUUAUUCAAAACUGUCUGUACGUAUGGAAAAAAAGCAAACAAACAAAACAAUAAAAAUAUAACAAAACUAUUAUAUCUAAUCUAAGAAGAAAAAGAACAAUGCAAUGGCUUAAAAAACUUAGUAAUGAAUCAACUCAAAAACACGAGCAUAUGCACCAAAUCCGAAAAACAAAAAUAUACGCUAAAACUGUGAAGAGGAAAUCUUUUUUUUUUUUU